AACUGUAUGCUAUUAUAAUUGUCAUAAAUAUACAUGACAUGAAGCGGUCCUGAUUGAAGUAGGUUUCAGAUAUAACUAAAUUUUUGCAAGUGCGCCGUAGAGCAAAAAUAGGUGGUGUGCACUGUUGUUCGGGCUAACCCAAGGAUUGCAACAAUGUGAUGUUUUUGAGUCUACAGUUAACGGUUUAGACUGAUUCUCAGUUUAGACUGAUGUUGUGCUCGCUGUGUGAAGACGUUUGACCAAACUGUUGAGACAUGUGUCCUAGUAACUACAAACUGUUAGGUUGAAUCUCAAAGUGUGUCUGUUUGUGGACAUAAAUAUGUUUUUAGAUUUGUGGAGUAAAGUUAUAGUUUUGUUGGACAGGACGUCGAGAGGCAUGUUGAUACUCGUGCUAUUAUAAAUUCAAUAGGAAUUCUGGAAUUCUUGUUUAUUAUUCAGUUAAACCCAUUUGAAGUGAAGUCUUUUAAUUUGCAUUCACAGUAUUGCUAUUAUGACAGAUCUUCAAUUAAAACAUGGACAAUACAAUAUCCGUCUCUCGCGCGCCUCUUCAGUGGUGACAUCACCAGUCAGAGUUGGAUCUGGAGCUGUUGAAGAGCUGUUGUUAUUUCUGGUGUGAAGCCGCGAGGAGUGUGUGUGUGUGUGAGAGAGAGAGAGAGAGUCUCUCCCUGUGCACGCGUCACGAGCGGCGGAGCUCGCGGGAUGGACGCGUCGGCGCGGCGCUGAGCGGCUCCGGGAUGUGGCGGUGUGCGACGCUUCUGAUCAUCGCGCUGACGGCGGGCACGAGCGUGGCGCUGCAGAUCCAGUGCUAUCAGUGUGAAGAUGUUCGGCAGGAUGACUGCUCCUCACCAGAGUUCAUUGUUAACUGCACCGUUAACGUGCAGGACAUGUGUCAGAAGGAAGUGCUGGUCAUGGAGGAUGGGAUUCACUACAGGAAGUCGUGUGCGUCGUCAGGGGCGUGUCUGAUCGCGUCGUCGGGGUAUCAGCAGUUCUGCACGGGGAAGCUGAACUCUGUCUGCAUCACCUGCUGCAACACAGCGCUCUGCAACGGCCCACGACACAAGAGACGAGCGGCAUCCCACACCUGCAGACCCUCCAUCAGCCUCUACACCAGCCCACUGCUCAGCCUCAUGCUGCUCCACCUGUGCUCACACUGACACGCCAUGUAUAGACAAAAGAUGCAGUGUCAGUCCUGACUGAAACACCUGACAGAGCAGUGAACUGUUUCUUCACACACGUAUGAUGUAAACCCCCCACCAAUGAACAGGUCUGCUCUCACAGACUCAUGUGUGCGUCUCUCAGUCGCUGUUUUAGGAGUAUGUGAAUCCUGCGGUGCUGAACAUUCAUCAGUACACUUCACACACAAACCAGUCCUAUAAUCCUCAAGCGUUUGCUUCCUCGGAUCCGUAUCUUCUGUGGUGUUGGUGUUCAUCACGUGUCUCUGGUUCUCCAGCUUCUUCUGCUCUUCAGUGACUGAGAUGUUGAGAUCAUUGUGAGGAUGGGAACUCCUGAAGAUCUGAUCGCUGGAGAGGUGUUUGUCUGGUGUCACUCUCAUGUAGCUUCUGAACACAAAUAAGUCAUUUCAUCUCUUAUAAUAGUAUGAAUGCAGAGGGUUUCUAAAGGUAAAUAUAUGCUUAUACAUUAAGAACCAGUCAACUCUCUGGAAAAUAUCUGAUUGAACAUAUAUUUAAUCAAAUGUGUUGAAUUACAUCUGUCUGAGGGAUAAUAUAUUGAGUCACUGUCUCAAAAUAAUGGCUACUCAAAUAUAUAAAAUCAUGG